GGAACAUCGAACAGGUGAGCACUCUUAUUCUCAUGUUGACACUCUUCACUGCACCAGACACCGGACUUAACAAAGAUUGUCUUUAAAGCAUGUUGACGGAGUUGGAGACGAUGGCUUAUGUGACUGAGGUAAAGCUGGGUGGAUGCCGGGGUUCCUGGAGUGGGUCACCUCCCUCGUCCUGUGCUGAGGUAGACCUGGAAGUCAUCGAGGAGUACCUGCAGGAGCAUUCGCUCGAAGUCCAACCUGCUCACACACCUGCAACAUCUAUGACAGCUAACAUGGGUCACCAAACACACACUCACUCCCACCAAGAUGCCAGGAUUGUAGAGAACAGCUGGUCAGGUCAGCAUGCAUAUGAGUGGUGCUAUGGCUGUCAUACUCCAAAUGAAGAAUACAAGGGGCCAGCUGCACAUCCAGCCUGGCCAAGUUCACAAGACAACCAGUGGGAACAUAUUACAUACUCUUACAAGGCUCCUGUAUAUAUUGAUUCAGAUUCACAGUCCAGCAGUUCCCAGUAUCAGGAUUACCAAGAUUCACCAUCACCACCCUCUGACAGAGGGGAGAGGAAAGGCAGAAUCUUGCCUCCGGUACCAUUAUCAGGAAAGAGGAAGGAGCGCCUGUUCCAGUUCCUGUUUGAGAUGCUCCAGACUCCAUCGAUGAGGAGCUGCAUCUGGUGGGUCCAGUCCUCCUCUGGAACCUUUCAGUUCUCCUCCCAGAACAAGGAGAGCCUAGCGCAGUUGUGGGGUCGCCGGAAGGGGAACCGCAAGACUAUGACCUACCAGAAGAUGGCACGGGCACUGAGAAACUACUCACGGACUGGCGAGAUUCACAAGGUGAAGAGGAAGCUCACGUACCGCUUUGAUGAGAAAACGCUGAGAGGCUUACAAGGAGACUCCAAGUUAGAGUAGUGAGCGUGACAAAGAGUGGACUUCAGAAGAUCUAAGGAUACACUUGACAUAUUUUGUACAGAUUGUGACUGUAAGGUAUUUUUCAAUGACCAAUGAAUACUAAGUAUUUCAAAAGCCAGAGCAUGAACUACUGUCAGUUUGAGCUUUUGUAGAUGCAGCAGUGAAGUUUGAAAGAGGGCUGAACAAGAAAUUAUGAAAGUGAUACAUGCAAACUUCAGGCUGUGAAUGAGCGGUCGGCUGGCAAUCACCAAGUAAAUCUAAAAGAUUAUAAGAUAUUAUCUACUUUAUAAGUAGAAUUUAAAUCAUUCUCUUAAUAAAAGUUGCUUUUCUUCCUUUUUGUGAUUCUGUGUUGCAGAUAUACAAAAGCACAUGAAAAUUUGUCUGUGUAAACCUGAUCUGUUUUUGUCAAAAUGUCUUGUUUAAGAUAAAAUAAAUCUAAAAAUGACUUGUA